AGUGUGAUGGCUCCUCUGUGGCCCUGUAUCCUGGUGGCCAUCUCAGGAAUUCUUGCCACAGGUACACCUCAGCCCAGGAAUUCUGCUCUGCAUCAUCUCACCAAACAGCUGUUACAGAAAUAUCACAAGGAAGUGAGACCAGUGCGUGACUGGAGCGAGGCCACCCUGGUCAACCUGGACCUAUUUGUCCAUGCUAUAUUGGAUGUGGAUGCACAGAAUCAAAAAUUAAAGACAAGUGUAUGGUACCGUGAGGUUUGGAAUGAUGAAUUUUUAUCCUGGAACUCCAGCAUGUUUGAUGAGAUUAGAGAGAUCUCCCUACCUCUAAGUGCCAUCUGGGCCCCUGAUAUCAUCAUAAAUGAGUGUGUGGACAUUGAGAGAUCCCCUGACCUUCCCUAUGUCUACGUAAACUCAUCUGGGACCAUCAGGAAUUCUAAGCCUAUCCAGGUGGUCUCUGCAUGCAGUUUAGAGAUAUACGCUUUUCCGUUUGAUGUCCAGAAUUGCAGCUUAACCUUCAAUAGCAUUCUGCACACAGUGGAAGACGUAGACCUGGCCUUCCUGAGAAGCAGAGAAGAUAUUAAGCAUGACAAAAAGGCAUUUUUGAAUGACAGCGAGUGGGAACUUCUUUCCAUAUCCUCAACAUACCAGAUCCUGCAGAAGAGCACUGGAAAUUUUGCUCAGAUUCAGUUUAAUGUAGUGAUUCGCCGGCACCCACUGGUCUAUGUCGUGAGACUGCUGAUUCCCAGCAUCUUCCUCAUGCUGGUGGACCUGGGGAGCUUCUACCUGCCACCCAACUGCCGCGCAAGGAUUGUGUUCAAGACCAAUGUGCUGGUGGGCUAUACCAUCUUCAGGGUCAACAUGUCUAACGAGGUGCCCGGGAGCACAGCUAGCACGCCUCUGAUUGGGGUCUUCUUCACAGUCUGCAUGGCCCUCUUGGUUCUCAGCUUAUCUAAGUCCGUCCUGUUGAUCAGAUGCCUCUGUGAUGAAUGGCAUGGUGGGCAGGAGCGGCCCCUCUUGUGCCUUCCAGGGUACACAGAUGCUGAUGAGCCCAGAAUGGAGCCCAGGGCCCAGCGUGCUGGAGUAACAGAGUCCUCAAUCUGUCAAGAGCACCAGGACCAGUCAGGGACCCUGAAGGAGGUCUGGUCCCAGCUUCACUCUAUCAACAACUACCUCCAAACUCAGGACCAGAUGGCUCGACAGGAGACUGAGUGGCUGGCCCUCCUGUACCGUUUUGACCUACUGCUCUUCCGAAGCUACCUUGUUGUGCUGGGACUCUACGCCAUUACCCUGUGCUCCCUCUGGGCACUGUGGAGUGGCUUGUGA